GAUGACGUGGAGGCGCCGCGUGACUUCGCCCCGCCCUUAUUCGAGACGUUGGCGCGCAAGGGAGACGGCUGCUCAGUACGAGACCCGGACGACGUGAGGAACGACAUGAGCUCUGUACGCAACGCUGCUCUGCAAGUCGCCGCCAUGGAGAUGAGCAACGCUAAAGGUGGGAGAAAUGGCGGGUUUUGCGACACUGCGGGUACCACCUCCAUCCGGAGAAAAUCACCCAAAGAAAUCCUGGGUCUUAUUGGCCCUCAACUAACUCGCCGAGAGAAGGCAGAACUUGCCGUCAUGAAAGACAUCUGGUACUUUACGUUCCACAACGAUUCCCGGGGCAUCAAUAAUUAUGGCUACGACGAUGAAGAGCAUAAUUAUAUUGUGGACCCACAUGUGCACCUCAACUACCGUUAUGAGGUGCUCAAGACUAUUGUGGUGGGAGGUCAAGGCCAGGUCAUCGAGUGUCGUGACCACAAGACAAAUAACAUCGUGAUCGUGAAGAUGUUCGUCACACCCUUAACCUCCACGGAUAAAAUAUUGGAGAUGGGGCUCAAGAGGGCUAUGAAACGUCAACGCAAAGACUAUAACCAGAACUCCAAUGUCGUCAAAGUCCUGGAUGAUUUCACUUUCAGAGGGCACUACUGCAUCGUGCUGGAGCUGUUGAAGGAGAGUCUCCAGCAAGUGAUUGAAGAAGCAGGGCUCCGGGGCUUGGAUAUGGCGUUGAUUAAAGCAUACACCAGGGAAAUCCUCACAUUCCUGAAGCAUAUGGAGUUAAAGGAGGCCGUCCACGCAGCCAUCAGGCCAAACAACAUCAUGGUCAAAGACACCGUGGCUGGCACCAUUAGGAUCAUGAAUUUUAAAACCAGCUUUAUUGUGGGAAGUCAACCCAGACAUGGUGAUGCCCUGCCAUACAUAGCUCCGGAGAUGUUGCUGGGCUAUGAUUUAACCUGCACUGCCGACAUUUGGUCACUGGGCUGCAUAGUAGCAGAGAUGGCCACUGGAAAGAAAUUAUUCCAGCCCAACAACGAAGACGAUUUUCUUCUGUCCUGCAUGGAGAGGCUGGGUAUGCCCCCAAGAAACUUCAUACAUGCCGCUCCUUACGGAUUGAUAUACUUUGGUGGUUGGAAAAAACCAUACAACCUGCCGGGGAGCUUCCCACUACGCUCUGUGCUCAAGAGCCAGGACACGGAGUUUUUGGACUUUAUCAGCCUCUGCCUCCAAUGGGAUCCAAACCUUCGGAUGACUCCCACUCAGGCGCUCGCACACAGCUGGCUUCAGAACACGGCUGAGGUCCAUGAUCAAGGGGCAGACACGGCUACCACCAGCACGACCAUUACCACCACCGCUGCUAGCAGUGUGCAGGGCCUGAUCGUGCUGAGAUCCAGAGAAGAGGGCUCCGGAGAAUACGAUGCAAAGUCUGGAGCCGCUGAGCCACGAGUGAAACCGGUGCAGCCCACCUCCUCACUUGCCCAGGCCUCUGAAGAGGAAACAGAGGUGGUGGAAAAUGAGGGAGAGCAAAAGACGGAGGUAGAGGAGGAAGAGAAUACAGAGGAGCAGGAUGAGGAGACGGACGAGGAGACGGACGAGCAGACGGACGAGGAGACGGACGAGGAGACGGACGAGGAGACGGAUGAGGAGACGGACGAGGAGACGGACGAGGAGAUGGACGAGGAGAUGGAUAAGGGGGGAAAUAUGGUGGAGGAAGAGAAGAUGGUGGUGGAGGAGAUGAUGGUGCAGGAGGUUGAGAAGUUAGAGGAGAAUGAGGUGAAGGUGAAGAUGAGAGAAGAAAAGACGGAUGUGGAGGAGGAAGAGAAUACGGAGGAGCAGGAUGAGGAGACGGAUGAAGAGACGGAGGAGACGGAGGAGACGGAGGAGACGGGCAAGGGGGGAAAUAUGGUGCAGGAAGAAAAGAUGGUGGUGGAGGAGAUGAUGGUGCAGGAGGUUGAGAAGUUAGAGAAUGAGGUGAAGAUGGGAAAGGAAAAGAUGGACGGGGAGGAGGAAGAAGAUAUGGAGAAGGAGACAGAGGAGAUGGAGGAGCCGGAAGAGGAGGAGCCGGAAGAGGAGGAGCCGGAGGAGGAGGAGGACAAGGGGGGAAAUAUGGUGGUGGAGGAGAUGAUGGUGCAGGUGUUUGAGAAGUUGGAGGAGGAAAAGGAGAUGAAGGAAAUGAAUAAGAAGCGAGGCAGCAUGGCUCGUGUGGGGAGAGCAAUACGCUCACUCCUCCGAUGCGUGCUACUGUGCGGUGGCCGGUCCACACCAUAGUAGGGGUGGUGGUAGUGGUGGUGGUGCAUUGGUGUAAACCACGACUGCCAUCACCACACCACCCACCCUCCCUCCGUGAUACAUAUUUUUAGUCUAUUGCUGUACAUAUUUCCUUGGAUACAAUGCAUUUAAUAAACCGUCCUAAUUUAUU